AUGGAUGCUACUGGAGAAACUUCGUCUGGUUUAUUUCAAGAUCGGGAUGUUAAACUCCCUGGUAUGUCCGAGGAGGAUGUUGAAGAGCUAAAGGCUUUCAUUGAAACAGGGAACCUUUCAGAAGCAGCUCAAAAAGCACAGGAGGCCCUGGAGCUGUCAAAAAACACUGAGCUCAACAUCGCCAUCACGGGGGAGUCGGGAUCUGGGAAAUCGUCCUUCGUCAACGCCAUGCUGGGUUUAGCCGACGAUGAUGAAGGAGCAGCAGAGGUUGGCAUCACAGAAAUGACAACAGAGCCAACCGCUUAUCUGCAUCCCAUGCUCUCCAAUGUGAAGAUGUGGGACCUACCUGGGAUCGGGACUCCAACUUUCCGGCCUGACUCCUACCUUCAGCAGGUCAGCUUUGCCCGCUAUGACUUCUUCAUCAUAGUCACUUCGAAGCGCUUCAGAUCCUGUAAUGCAGACCUAGCCCAGGAGAUCCAGAAGAUGGGGAAGAAGUUCUACUUUGUGCGCUCCAAAGUAGACGAGGACUUGAGAAACGAAAGUAGAAAAAGAAACUACAAUCAGGAGACCACCUUGCAGACAAUCCGAGACGACUGUGUGGAGAAGCUGAGGAGAGAAGGGGUAAAUUCCCCGCAGGUUUUCCUCAUUUCCAGGUGGGAAUUCAACCAAUACGAUUCUCCCCAACUGCAGGAAACUCUGGCCAGUGAAUUGGACUCUCACAAGAGACACAUUUUCCUCUUGGCGCUUCCCAACAUCUCAAGGCCAAUCCUGGUUAUGAAAAAAGAAGCCCUGAAGAGGCAGAUCUGGAAACGAGCCCUGAAGUCAUGCGCCAUCGCAGCUGUUCCCAUCCCCCACCUCUCUGUCUCAUGUGACGUUGACAUCCUGGUGGAAUCCAUGACCGAGUACUGCAAAGUCUUCGGUUUGGAUGAAGAAUCCCUCAUUAAACUCUCCACACAGGUCAGGAAACCCGUGUCUCAGUUGAAGGAUGUGAUCAAGACCCCAUUGGCCAAGGAAAUAUCAAGAGAAGAUGCUUUGGAGCUGCUGAGCAAGGUUACAGGUACAAUAUGUCCAUUCUUCGAUGAUCUCUUCCCUUUUAGUAUUCCCUCGUUCAGCCUAUGCGGGCUGAUGGGUGAUUCCAUGAUACAUGUUAAAAAGUACAUAAGCCUCGUACCAGUCUAUGGAACCCUCCUAGCUGCAGAGCUCUCAUUCCGAGCUACAUACAAUACCCUGCAUUCCUUUCUGGAAGGCGUUGCUGAGGAUGCUCACCGGGUGCUCACCGAGGCUCUGGAGGUGGCAGAGAAAAAGUCCGUUUAGUGGCACCGGGGAGGAUGGCAUUGCAGUCAAAGUGUUGGAGUGUGACUCAGGAGACCUGCCUCCACCACAGCCUGCCUGUGGGACCUUCAUCAUGUCUAGUCAUCUCUGUGCCUCAGUUUCCCCUGCC